AUGAAGGCCAAUAUCGGAGUGGUUGGCUUAGGCCGGAUGGGCCAGCGUCAUGCAUUGAAUAUUCUCCACCAAGUGCCCCGAGCCAAGCUCUUCGCAGUUUGUACACCAGCACUUCAUGAGAUCGAAUGGGCGAAGGCAAAACUUGUACCAGAAGGGGUGCAUGUAUUUCAGAGCUUCGAAGAGAUGAUUAGCACUCCUGGGCUAGACGCCGUGGUCAUCGCGUCGCCAACCGAGCUACACAUAGCGCAGACAUUGGCCGCUAUGCAACUCGAGAUACAUGUUCUUUGUGAAAAGCCGAUCACAAGAGAUAUCUCUCAGUUACGUGAUUUGAUGGAGACAGCAAAGCAGCAUCCCCAAACAAAAGUGAUGGUUGGAUUUGUGCGCCGUUUUGACGAAAACUAUAUGAAUGCCAUACAGAAGAUCAAAAGUGGCGCCAUAGGCGAACCUCUUAUUGUCCGUUCACAGGGCGCCGAGAAGCUGGACAAAAGUGGCUUCUUCAUCGAAUAUGCUCGGCAGAGUGGUGGGAUUUUCGUGGACACCGUCGUUCAUGACAUUGACUUGACUUUAUCUAUCCUGGGUGAAGAAGCCAGACCCAAGGCUCUCUGGGCUACUGGAAUCAUUGCCCAUCAUCAUGAAAUGAAAGAUUUCAAGGAUGUCGACAACUCGGUGGGUGUUGUUGAAUUCUGGGGUGGCCGAAUCGCCCACUACUAUCAUUCCCGCACAACCUCGCACGGAUAUGACAACUGCACGGACAUCAUUGGCAUGAACGGAAAGAUCUCCAUUAACCCGGUGCCUCACUAUAAUCGGGUACAGGUGUCGAACGCGUCUGGAAUCAUGCAAGAUUGCACCCCUAGUUGGAUGGAUCGAUACCGAGAAGCUUUUGUGACUGAGCUGAAUCAAUUUACCGACGCUAUACUGGAUAAUACGGAGCUUCCAAUGAGGCUUUCUGCUGCCUACACAGGUCUCAAGAUCGCGACUGCCUUCCAAGAAAGCUUGGAGACUGGUCGGAAGAUCGAGUUUGAUGAAAAUGGUGACCGGAUCGUGUCCAACGGCAAAUAG